AUGACCCGUUCAACAUCUUCACUUGGUCUUUCAAGAAAUAAUCGAAAGCCAACAAAACCUUUAAAAUCUUCCAUUAUAUCAGCAACUUCUUCAAGGUGUCAAAGUCCGAAACCUUUAAAAUCUCCUACUAUUUCUCUUUAUAAUUUGACUCCUAUAGAUCGUGAUUUAAAUGACAUACUUCGAAAUUUGGUUGAUGAAUUAUGUGAUUUUUUUGUUAAAGCUAGACAAGAUGGAAAAAAUGAAGCUCAAACUGUUGAUGUUAUCGUAAAUUUCUCUACUUCAAAAAAUCAAGAUCUUUCUCAAAUUUUUGAUUGGCUUUUAAAUAAUACUCAUAAAGAUAAAUAUAAAACUCUUUUGGGUUAUUUUUAUGAUCAAGUUGCUAAACGUCGUGUUCAAAGUCUUUUAAACUUGAUCGCUCAUCACCCUAAUGUAGAAGACUCGCUAUUAUCAAAAGGUGUUGAUAUGAAUUUAUUAAACAAUCAGUUUGGUGAACUCAAGUAA